UAGCAGUCAACCGAAUCAGUUCGCAUCUGGAAGAAAUUUUCUCUCAUUACUUUUUUUUGUAAAAGAAAUAAAGCUAAUUAAACAGCAUGAACAUGGGCAAAGACUUCUACAAGAUGCUGGGCCUCCCUCGCGGAGCCACUGACUACGAGAUCCGAGUGACGUACCGCAUGCUGGCACAGAGCUUCCAUCCGGACAUGAGCCAGAACCCCCAUGCCGCCGAGCGCUUCGAGCAGCUGGCCGAGGCCUUCGAGGUCCUGUCGGACAAGAAGAAGCGCGAACUGUUCGACGCUCUGGGCGAAGAGGGUCUCCAGCAGACCGGCUACCAGUUCCAGGGUAAUCCGUACGCCACCUACGCCAAGGUCUUAAACUCCUAUGAUGUCGACUUUCCGCUGCUCCCAAAGAAUUCGACAGUGGAGCACGUGCUUCUUAUCACUCUGGAGGACAUAUUGAAGGGGUGCAUUAAGCGCCUUGAGAUCUCGCAACGUAGGAUCUCCUUCACCGGCCGGGCGAUUCAAGAAAGCAAAAUGCUCAACGUCGAGAUUCGACCGGGCUGGAAGGCGGGAACCAGGAUCACGUUUCCCGGCGAGGGCGACGAGGUGCCCAACCGGCGGCCCGGCGACGUGGUCUUUGUCCUCAGGGAGAAGCCGCACCACUACUUUCGCCGUGAGGGGUGUGACUUGCUAUAUACGGCCAAGAUUUCCCUGAGACAAGCUUUAAGUGGGUUACACUUUUUAGUGCCGACGCUCCAGGGCGGAAUACUGCCUGUCAAUAUAACCGACGAUAUUAUCACCGCAGACACCGUGCGACGCUUCCCGGGCCAGGGACUGCCCCAUCAAGUGAACGGCUCGAGACGCGGCGACUUAAUUGUCAAUUUCGUCAUCGACUUCCCCGAAACAGUUCCAGAAGAGGUGAAAUUCCUGCUGUAAUAAUAAAAAACAUUCCAAUAAGUUAUUUUGGGCAGUUCGCUACAAUGUAUAA